AUGCCCGCCGCCACUCAUUACGUGCCGCACUCAGAGCAGACAAAGGCGCACUAUGAGCGAUUUCUGCGGGACCUGCGACGCUGGCUGCCGCCCGGCCUCGACGAUGCAGUGGGUGAAAUAGCAGAGGAGACACUCUCUAUUGUCUGCCGAGCGAGCACUGGUGGCACAGCGGCAGGCCCGGCACAAUUGCAGCAGGUGCGCAAGCAGCUGGAGGUGCUGCUCGACGCCCAGCUGAGCGCGGAGGCGCUACACGAGGUGCUGCUGUACGGCCGCCUGAUUGACGACUUCGUGGUGAGCGACGAAGCGGAGGAGACACACCGUGGGGGUGAUACCGGCGCUGGAGUGGGCGACGGUCUUGGUGACUUGCUAAUGCUGCAGGAAGAAGAUGGGGCGGCGUCGAGCUCGGAUGACGAGGGGAGCGGCAACGUCAAGAACACUACGGGAGUUGCACGUGACAACAGGAGGGAUCUUAUGAAGUUUGCGGCCGAUAUUGAAGGUAUCGCCGAAGACGAUGAGGACGAUGAUGGCGAUAAUGACAACAACAACGACCAUAACAAUAAUGGACGUGCGGCGCGUGUCACAUUUGAGGAGGUGGCGUGCAACUCCAACUACGUGCGUGACUCGCUACGCCGACUGUUCCCCACGCAGAGCGUCGAGGAGUGUGAUGUGCAGGCGGCGCGCGUGCUACAGUACGCGGCGCAGCGGCAGGUCGACCAGCUGACACUCGAGACACAACUCACGGCGUUCCUCGGCUGCUACGAUGACGAAGCAGCAAUGGAUUGGAUCGGUUCCGUUGCCGCGUCGCGGUGGGCGAUUGUGUAUGGCCUGCAGUUCUCCGAGGGGCGUAAUCAGCAGGAGAAAAACGCUGUCAUGGAUGCCAUGAAGGCACACGCACUGCAGGACCGUGUGGUGGAGCGGCUAUACCAGAGCGUCACAGGUAAGGAAGUGGGCCCCAAAACGGGUGCGAGCAGCGCCAGCAACAACGACAACAACAAUGGUGACAGUGGAAAUGACGCUAUGAAGCCACUUCGACGCGUUGACCUACAGGCGUAUGCGUUUAAAGACGAACGUACACCUCACCAGCACACACGUGCGGUAGUGCCCCAGGGGACACAGCGUGCUGUGUUUGAAACCCAUGACGAGGUCAUACUUCCCCCAACGGCUUCUGUUACGGGAGACAAUGCCUGUACGUCUGUAGACGCCUUUCCCGAGUGGGCACGUGCGGCAUUCCCCGGCAUCACACACCUAAAUGUGAUGCAGUCCAAAACUUUCGACUGCGCCUUCCACAGCGAUGAGAACAUGUUGGUGUGUGCGCCUACUGGAGCUGGUAAAACAAACGUUGCAAUGAUGACGAUGCUGCGGGCUAUCGCUAACGCCACCACGCGAGGCGGGGGUGUGAACCUGCGUGAGCUGAAGAUGGUGUACGUGGCGCCCAUGAAGGCCCUGGUGCAGGAGGUGGUACGCACUUUUUCCAAGCGUUUGGAACCUCUUGGCCUCACCGUCGUGGAGCUCUCCGGUGACACAAACGUGAACCAGGCACAGCUAGGCGAGGCGCAGCUUAUUGUCACGACACCGGAGAAGUGGGACGUGGUAACACGCAAGUCUGUGGAGCUCGGUGUGGCAUCGUUGCUGAAGCUUCUUAUUCUUGAUGAGGUUCAUUUGCUGCAUAACGAGCGUGGGCCCGUUCUGGAGGCAAUUGUCGCCAGGACGAUGUUGCAGCAGCAGCUGCGUGGCGAGGCGGAGAUUCGUAUCGUAGGACUCAGUGCCACGCUGCCAAACCACAUGGACGUCGCGAGCUUUCUGCAAGUGGACCGGCAGCGGGGGCUGUUCGUCUUUGAUAGCACAUUCCGCCCGAUCCCGCUGCAGCAGUCGUUUUGUGCCAUCAAGAAAAUGCGUGGGACGAACCAGGUUGCCGUGAUGAACCUCGUGACGUAUGAUAAAGUGCUGCAGGCAGCAAUGAACGGCGAGCAGUCGAUGGUGUUUGUGCACUCCCGCAAGGAUACGGAGUACACCGCGACCUACAUGAUGCGACGCAUCAUUGAGGACAAGCGUGCGCAUUAUUUUGUGCGCCCCGGGAGUGAAUCUGAGCAGGUGCUGCGCGAGGCGGUGAAUAACCCCUCGCACGCCAUGCGGCCAAGCCUCCAGCAGCUUCUGCCGAUGGGCUUUGCCGUGCACCACGCAGGCAUGAGUCGUGACGAGCGACAUGUCGUCGAGUCCCUCUUUGCGGCGCGGCAUGUGCGAGUGCUGGUGUGUACCUCUACCCUCGCGUGGGGCGUUAACCUACCGGCGAAUCAGGUCGUUAUUAAAGGCACGCGUGUCUUCAACGGCGCGAAGGGUGAAACAGAACUGCUGAGCGCACUCGAUGUGCUACAGAUGUUCGGCCGUGCAGGACGUGUGGGGUUCGGCUCCACACUCGGCAAAGCCGCCGUUAUCACGAGUGCCGACGACCUCCAGUACUACCUGGCUGUGCUGAACAACCAGCUUCCCAUCGAGUCACAGAUGAUGAAGCGGCUUGUGGACAUGUUCAACGCGGAGGUGGUGCUCGGCCAUGUGGAGAGCAUCGCGGAAGGUGUGCGGUGGCUGCAGCGCACGUACCUGUACGUCCGGAUGCGGCGGGCGCCGGAAAUUUACGGCACACGCGCUACCGAGUCCGACCCGCUCUUCUUGCGGCACUUGGAGAACAUUGUUCACACCGCCGCCGAUGACCUUCGCCGCUGCCAGAUGGUGGAGUACGACGCACACGCACGGCGGAUUGCCCCCACACCGUACGGCCGCAUCGCAUCCUUCUACUACGUCACGGCAGCUUCGAUGGCCACGUACCUCGCACACCUCUCCAGCACCAUGCACGAUGUGGAUUUGUUUCGUCUCUUCGCCAUGUCGAAGGAGUUUUCACACAUUGCAGUACGACCAGAGGAGCAAGCGCAGCUGCAGUACCUUCUAGAAAAUGCCCCCAUUGCCGUUCGCGAGAGUCGUUACACCCCACUGGCGAAAAUCAACGUGCUGCUGCAGUGCUACAUCAGUGACAUGAGCUUACAGGGACUACCAUUAAUGAGUGAGCUCGUGUACGUAAAGGACUCAGCGCAGCGUAUACUGCGGGCUCUUCACGAGAUAUGCGUGGUACGUGAAUACGGCCGCACUGCGAUGCAGGUGCUCCAGCUCUGCCUGAUGGUCGUGCACCAGCAGUGGGCAGUGCAAUCGCCUGUGAGGCAGUUGCGUCACACCGUCGCCCCCAAGACUUUUGCUGCCUUUAUUCAGGCGCUGGAGAGUCGCCGUGUCGCAUGGGAGGAAGUGCGUGAGUGGUCCCUGGAGGACCUCGCAGAGAAGCUCGGUGAUGAGAGACGCGCGGAGUUAGCGCAUGACUGCAUUCGGCAGGUACCACACUUCACGUUGGAGGCCGCCGUGCGGCCGUUAACUCGAAGUAUGAUGUACGUUGAUGUUGACAUCACGCCAGACUUCACGUACAACGAGGUGGUGCACAACCGCACCGCCGGUGAGUUGCUGCUGACUGUGGAACACACCAAUGGCCGCAUUCUCCAUCACGAGCGGCUCUUCUUUUCGUCGGCGGGUCUGCGCAGUGGCGAGACGCUUUCCGCACCCACUAUUGUGGUGCCUAUUGUCGAACCAAAACCAACGCAUUACUUUGUGCGGUGCCAGUCAAUGCAUUGGCUUGGUGCCGAGUGCGCUGUCGCGGUGUGCUUGAUGGACGUGCGACUACCAGAUAUCGCCCCGCCGCUGCUGGAGCUUCACCAGCGCCCGCCAUCCACCGAGGAUGAGUCAGCGUAUGAUGUAUCUGCGACGCUGCAACAGUAUGGCCUAGAGUCUGCUGCGGCGAAGGUGUUCCCCUUCACCGAGUUCUUCCCCACGCAACACGACCUCGUCACGCCUAUCAUGGCGCACCCCGAGGAGAAUAUCUUCGCCGCGCUGCCACCCGGCGGUGGCCGGACGGCGAUCGCGGAGUUGUUUAUUCUGCAAUUCCUCCUGGAGGGUGCACUGCUGCAGCAGCAGCAGCAGGCACAUGACGUUACUGUUCCUGUCACCGCUCCUGCUGCUGAAGAGGACGAAGGGGCCGAGGCGGUGGUCCCUGUCGUGGAGCGGAAGCUUUUGUAUGUAACGGCGCACGAGGCCUGCGCGACGCGCCGAUUUCACGACUGGCGUUUCAAGUUCGGCGAAGGCCUACAGCAGCGGGUGGUGAAGCUGGAUCCCUUUGGCGAAGAUCUUGCGACCAAGAUGGCGAAGGUGCAACAGGCCACCAUCAUUAUCGCGAGCGGCAGCAGCCUGGCCCCGUUGGUCCGCCGCGGUGCCACAGACUGUCUCGCUGGUGUCACGCACAUAAUCGUCGAUCACGUGCACCUCAUCCGUGCACCAGAGGGACGAUGGAUGGAGGAGUGCAUUGCGCGGCUUCUGUCCAAGCCGUAUGUGGUGAACAAUGGACGACGUCCGGCGCGUCUUCUCGCCCUCUCAUACCCGCUUAUCAGCUGUACGGAGGUGUCGCGGUGGAUGAAGAUCCCUGCCGCACGGCAGUACAACUAUGGCAAAUCGUACCGGCAGCUGCGCGUGCGGCUGGAGGCGGUCAAGCAUGCCGGCGCCCGCAGCCGCUAUGAAGCGGCGGCGGUGUCAACGCUGAAGCUGCUGCAACAGGACCGCUAUGCGGCAACACCCAACGUGGUGUUCGUACCAACCGCCCGUGACGCAGAGGAUCUCACCAAGCGCAUCCUUCUGCGCUGCCGCGACUUUGUCCCCAGCACGAGCUGCGACGAUAUGGAGGACCGCGGCCUCGCUCUGCUGCUGUCGACCGGCGUGGCGUACAUGCACCGUGGUACAAGCCUCCUUGAUGAGCUGAUCAUCAUGGAGCAUGUGGAGAAGCCAGCACGGCACCCCGACACAGACGCAGCACUUCCGCUGGUGCUUGUCUGCACGUUUGAGUCGGCGUGGCGUCUUCCUGCUGCACUCUUUGGCACCGCCUUCGUCUGCGCCGCGGAGCGUGUCGGCGUCCGCAGCGAGGAGGACGGUGCGUCUGCCGCCGACUGCUCUGUCGCAGAGUUGCUACAAAUGACGUCGCGCGCCCUCAACGAGGCGGUGGUGCACUGCCGCGCGGCCCGGCGCUGGGUGUGGGCCCGUCUGCUCAACGACCCGCUCCCGCUCGAGUCGCACCUGCGCUACCCCGACGACUUCCGCGACGCCCUCAACGCCGCCAUCGCACAGGGACGUGCGAGCGACAUGCCAGGCGCGCUGCGCAUCCUGCAGAGCCACUACUUCCUUUUCCACCUGCGCACCAACCUGCACUUCUAUGGCGUGCCGUCGAAGGACGACAUCCCGGCGUACGCGUCGGAGUUCGCGCGCACUGUGAUUGCCUCCCUGCAGGCGGCCGGCUGCGUCGCGGUGACGGAGGGCAAUGACGCUGAGGCCGUCACGCUACGGCCGACGCCACGCGGUAUCGCUGCAGCGCACCACGGCAUCAGCCUCGAGUCGCUUGAGGCUGUUUCGGAGGCAGCGAGAAGUGGCCGCACCGCAACGGUUGCAGACAUGUGGCACCUGGUUGCAUCGCGCUGCGUCGAGUUGACGCCACAGUACAUGGGCGACGCCGCACAUAUCGCUGACAAUGCAGAGCUGCGGGCGCUACAGACAAUCGCCCGCGCGUUUCCUCACGGUUACGAGGUGCGCUACAUUGACCUGGACUUCAGCAAAGGCUGGACAAAGGUCCAGCUGCUCAUUCUGGCUCACUGCGCACGCAUGUUCAUUGGCCCCGCAGAUCACAUGUGGCACAAGGAUGAAAAUAAAAAUUCAACUUCAGCCCACCCUUUGGCUUCAACAUCGACAGCAGCUGUCGAUCCGCAGCUGCUGCUGGACAUACCCCACGCUGUGGCAGAACGGCUACGGGAGGACCUCCACGUGCUGCUUCCGGCCGUGCUGGAGGUGGUCCGUGGCGCAUGCGAGAUGUUUGACAGCAGGACACAGUGGCGGCAUGCGCGCUACUUGAUGCGCCUCGCGUCUCAAAUCGAACGACGCGUGUGGGGGUUCGAAGAUCCGUGUCUGCAGCUCCCAUGUGUGCAGGAGACGGUAGCACUGCAACAUCUGCUGACCGCGACCGACGGGCCAUGGUCGCUUGAGCGGCUUCAGGAAUUGUCCACCCAAGGAGCCGAGGCGGAGGCGGUGUGGGCGAAGUUGUCGCAUGCGUUGGUGCAACACGCCGCGGUGCCGCGGGCAGCAGCGGCGGAGGCGCUCGUGCACCGACUGCGCGUGGAGGCCGCCGCGCUGCCCCGCGUCACGUUGCUGAAGGCGAGUGGGGCAGUCGAGCUGGUGGAAGGCGUGCAUACCUUUGUUAUACGCGUGGAUGGCCGCAUUACAUGCCAACUGCCGCCGACAUCAUCAUCGUCGCUGAAGGGUGAGGCGGCGGCCUGCAGCGGCAACUCGCUGGGCCCGUGGUGGGUGUCGUGCGUGGUGCGCCACAACGGGCGGACGGACGUGCCGGAGCGGCUCAUGGCGCUCUGCGUCACGACGCCAGAGAAUAUGGCCAACAACAGUGCCAAUGAUGAGGAGGGGAAUGAGCAGGAAGAGGCAGGGCCAACGUCGUCGCUGUGGCGCAUCACCGGGUCGGUCUCGUUCCCUCUGCACGACGUGGACGGCGAGGACCUGGAGACGCUGACGAUGACAGCGACUGUUGUAGCUGCGCGUUACCGCGCCGACGCGGAGGUGGACGUCGUGUUCGCCACAGAGUGA